UGAAUUUUCUCAUGACAAGAUCAUUAUGCAGAGCUUCUUUGAAAGGAAAAACCCAAAAAUCAACAUUAAGAAAAAAGUGAGGGAAGUUACUCAGUCACGUUUUGUUAAAGCCAUUACAAGUAGGUUUGAAACGCCUUUAGGGAAAGUUAUUCUGAAGACAACCAUCACAUUCGUUGUGCUUGGAAUACUCACUGUUCUGUUUCCAAAGGAAGAAGGGCCAACACUUCAGGUGGCCAUUUCUCUUGCAGUAUCCAUAUAUUUCAUACAUGAAAGGCUUAAGAGUCGAAUCCGAGCAUUCUUAUAUGGGGUUGGUUCUUUUCUCACUUCGUGGCUGUUGGGGACCUUCUUGAUGGUCUCUGUCAUGCCUUCUCUAUUUCAAGGUCCACGGAGCUUGGAAGAGAUGACUUUAGAUGAGUAUGAGAAAGUAAAGGAGGAGAAGCGAAAAGCCUUACUGGCGCUUAAGGCUGAAGAGAGAAAGGUUGAAAUCGAUAAGGAGUUGCAGUCUAUGCAGCAGCUGUCGUUGAAAAAGGGUAACGAUGAGGUCUUCAUUAUGUUGGGCUCAGAGGGAGAAGUCGAUGACAAAAUCCCGUUAGCUUAAUUUGUGGAGAAGUGGAAGAUGUAAAAAAUGGAUAAUAGUUUCUCUCAAAUUUUGUUUUCUAAUUAGUUAUUACCAGAUCACUCUCUGUGAUGAAUUCUGUCAUGUAUAAGAUCGAAAAAAUUUGCUCAAAGGAAAAAACCAGGAUAUAAUAGAAUUUAUAUCCAAAACUUAUUGAGAACAAGGUAUGUAGAUGCACUUUUCAAGAAUUCUUAGACAGAAUCAUCAGGCCUUUUCUCUGACUUUUGUACCAUUUUUUAAUUUGGCAUAUCUAGGACUUAUUGACAUAAGUGUUUCUUCAACUGAGACAUUUAAGUAAAGUCUCUGCCAUUUGCUUGUGGAAUCCCAAAAAUUUUGAAUAUGAUAGUUUUGUUUUUGACGGGAAAUUUUUAAAUGUCUCUUACUCUUGUUAAUGAUAGGCAUCUAACAUUUUACUCAAAUUGCCCAAGAUACUCUCAUCAAGAAGCAACUAUUUUAUCGAUUUUUCUGGAUUUUGCUGAUGGCUUUCAUUAGAAAAUUGUGUUAAUUUAUAACUGAGCCUUUUUGUGGGACACCACUAGAGAUAAUGAGUUUAUGGGAAGGUAGUUGUUACAUGUGCAAAACAACUUAGAUACAUGGCAUAUUCUUUUUUAAUUUUCGUUUCUUGACCAGCCUUUUUCUCCAGUAUCUGACGAGAGGAGAUUGCUUUC